GUCUGUGUGUCUGCAGGUGAGCGGCAGCGGAGGAAGACAACGACCUGCUGAAGCAGAGAGUCAAAAAAAAUAACUGACAGAAAUGACUUAAAUAAAACCGGUACCUUAAUAUGAUCUAAGGCGACAUUAAAUUCCACCAUGGUGAACUUAGGAGUAUGUUGUGCCAACCUCAAGGACAACAAAGCCCUGAUGAAGAUGGGGCUGGGGCUGGUGCUGGUGGGUCAUGUAAACUUUCUACUUGGAGCGUUGGUGCACGGCGCCGUGCUCAGGCACAUCAACGUGCACACUUUGGCCCGCACCAUGGUGUACGCCAUCUCUAAUGUCAUUGCUAUUGUGGCAGGCUUGGUGGGAAUUAUUGGUGGAAUAACUGCCAUUGUCCUGUCCAAAAACAAGAGAAACAGGAUCCUGCAGUGGGUCUUGUUGGUCUUCAGCCUCGUUACCGCUCUCCUGGCGGUCGCCUCCACCGUGGGCUUGUCGGUGUCUAUGGUGAAAGCCAUUAUUAACAAAGGGCAUGGUCUGCUAAGACACUGCAAGAGUUUUUCGGAAGAUGUUGGCUCCUCCAGCAUCACAUACGAAUGCCCCUUUGACCCCACACGUAUCUAUGCAACCAUGAUCAUUUUGUGGAUACUUCUCAUCUUCAUGUCCAUAGUGGAAACAGUGUUCUCGUUCCGCUGCUUUGCUGCCUGUACUUCGUUUCUUUAUCUGUGUCCGUGCAGGAGGAGGCCGACCCGGGCCAAGAGGGUUCGUAUCCAGAGAGUCUCUGAAAUUCCACCAUCGCCCCCGGCACAAGAUCCAGAGAGCGAUGCAGGAUCUGAGCCUGCAGAGCAGGAGGAGCUGCUGGACACGGUGGUGGAGCAGAGCGACUGGCUCUGAACCAGCUAAACCUAACCAGAUAGGUUGCAAUCUGCUCGGCUUAACUGGAUAAAACAAAACAACUUAAGUUGUUGCACUGAGCGUGUCUGUUACACAAUAAAUGUCCGAAGACAUUUGUGGGACUUAAUUCAUUGAAAAUAACUUUUUUAAUUUUUUACAUUUUUUUUCUCUGACUAAAUACUUACAUUGGUUUGGUUUUAAAUGAUUUGACUGCGUGUGUACCAAAUAUUGUCUUGAAAAUACAGAGUGCUGUCACUUGUAUUGUGACAUUAAAAUGAUUUUUUAAAA